UCGCACUGUCGCACUGUCGCACACACGACUAAGACAAAAGCCUCUGGUCGAGAGAGAGAGAGAGAGCUUGGACGAUGGUGUCGUACGUGAGUGUGCUGUUGUACGGAGUUGGAGGCAUAGUGGUGGCGGGCAUGGCGCUGCUGGUGGCGUUCCAGGAGAAGCUCGUAUACGUGCCGGUGUUGCCUGGUCUCACCAAGUCCUACCCCAUCACUCCCGCCCGCCUCCGCCUCAUGUACGAGGACGUUUGGCUCAGAUCCUCCGAUGGCGUUCGCCUCCACGCUUGGUUCAUCAAGCUCUUCCCCGAAUGUCGAGGUCCAACAAUUCUGUUUUUCCAAGAAAAUGCAGGAAAUAUUGCUCACCGUCUUGAAAUGGUUCGCAUAAUGAUACAGAGGUUGCAAUGCAAUGUUUUCAUGCUUUCAUACCGAGGUUAUGGGGCAAGUGAUGGCUAUCCUUCUCAGCGUGGUAUUACAAUGGAUGCUCAGGCUGCAUUGGAUCAUCUUUCUCAAAGGAUUGACAUUGACACAUCUAGAAUAGUUGUGUUUGGAAGGUCCCUUGGGGGUGCAGUUGGAGCUGUUCUUACGAAGAACAACCCCGAUAAGGUUGCUGCACUGAUAUUAGAGAACACUUUCACAUCUAUCCUGGAUAUGGCUGGAGUUCUGCUACCCUUCCUAAAGUGGUUUAUUGGAGGAAGUGGUUCAAAGGGCCCCAGGAUUCUUAAUUGUCUUGUGAGAUCUCCUUGGAGCACCAUUGAUACAAUUGGCGAGAUUACCCAGCCAAUCCUUUUCCUCUCUGGAUUGCAAGAUGAGAUGGUUCCCCCAUUCCACAUGCAAAUGCUGUAUGCUAAAGCAGCUGCUCGAAACAGGCGAUGCACCUUUGUGGAGUUUCCUACUGGCAUGCACAUGGACACAUGGCUGGCUGGUGGUGACAACUAUUGGAAAACUAUUCAGCUUUUCUUUGAACAAAAUGUCCCAGAGCAGACAGAAAUUCAAUCAUCCCACAACGACAAUGAUUCUGAGGAGGCAAGGUGAAUCGCUGGCAUCAAGACCUUCUGAGGUGUAAUCAGUUGGGCCAUCACAUGACUUAAAACUAUAUCGACUGUUUUUGGAAGUUGCUGCAAUUGAAAGCUCUUUGUGAGGAGUUGCUGCCUGCCAGGAGCCACUGCACCCCUUCAGGUUUUUCUUCUCAGCAAACCAUCAUUUUUUUGGUUUAACAAACUUCACCAGAUGCCAAAACAAAAAUGUGAAUGCCCCUUGUCAUACUCUAUGGCUCUGACACACAUGCUUGAUUACUGAAUCGAUUCUGACGAAUUCUUGUAUGAAAUAAGAAGUUAACCACAAUUCAAAUAUACACUCCACAGUGAUGCAUUAGAUUGUUUGUAUCUCUGUUUUCAUGGAUUAUAUUUGUGUUAAAUAUUGUCCUGGCAAUUGCCCCAUUUCA